UUUGUUGUAAGUAAGUUGGACUACCGAGAGCUUCAGCCUAAAUGAUUGAAGUUUGUUCCCCGUUAUUCUCCAUGAGCUUGUGCUGCUGCUGGAGUUGUGAUAACUUGAAAGCCAGCGUCCGAGUGUAUAACUUAAUUCCUUUAGCUACGGCGUCUUGAACGGGAGCUACACGUAUAAGAAACGAACAUCGUGCAGUCAUACAAUAGUUUCUUUUUUAUUUUAUUUAUUUGUUCAGUAUUUUGUUGCUUUUUUACAUAAGAUGGUUGUUGUUUUAAAAAGGAAAAGUUUGAACCACCGCGCAUAGGUGAUGAGUUCUCUCGCAUUCGGGAAGUUCUGAUACUAUUUUAAAACGAAAAGCGAAGGGAUCUUACAGCAGCGUGAGUUACCUGAUGAUGCGCUGAACACUUCGUUGGGAUUCUUCUCUUUGAAAAGGAGACAACGCUGAAGGAAUUACUGAACUUUUGGUCUCAUUCUGAGAGGAAUAAAUUCGUCUGGAGUUUAUAUUCGCUGUGCUACCAUGAAUAUUAUGCUUUGCUCUUUGUUACUGUAAUCAAAGUUGAUGAAUUGUGUGAAAGGACUUUGUCCUAAAAAGGUGGACUGGCAUUCUGACAAUGGCGUUUGCAGGUAGGAGUUUCAACCGAUGUUAUUUGAUUUUACUGAUGCUGUGGACUUUAUGGCAGCAUUCCGCCUCCAGUCAAAUUCGUCAAGAGUUUGAGGUACUAGAGGAACAGCCGAUCGGGACGUAUGUAGGCACGAUAGAGACUAAGCCCAGCUUCACGUACCGCUUCAGCGAAAACCACAAACUUUUUGCAAUCAACGGAACUACGGGCGUCAUUUAUACCACGUCUGUGAUUGACAGGGAGGUUUUGCAAAGUAGCAUUAUCAAUGUUGUGGUGUUAUCCAGUCAGCCUACGUAUCCAACUGAAGUCAGGAUUGUUGUUUUGGAUAUAAAUGACAACUCGCCAGUGUUUCCCGACGCCUCAAUUGUUGUGUCUUUUAAAGAGGAUGCAAGCAGCGGCAGGCAAGUGAUUCUAGACACCGCCACGGAUUCGGAUAUUGGAAGUAACGGAGUAGAUCACACAACGUACCGAAUUGUGAACGGCAACGAACAAGGAAAGUUUCGUUUGGAUAUUACAGUGAAUCCGAGCGGAGAGGGGGCAUUCUUGCAUCUGGUUUCCACUGGAGGCUUAGACAGAGAAUUGGCCCCUUUUUACCAGCUCUUGAUCGAAGUUGAAGAUAAAGGAGACCCUAAGCGAUUUGGCUACUUGCAAGUGAACGUAACCAUCCAAGACAUAAAUGACAACCCGCCAGUUUUUGACGAGGAACAUUAUCAAACCAGCGUUCUGGAAGACGCAGCGAUUGGGUCCAGCAUCCUGCAGAUAACGGCUAAAGAUCAGGACGAGGGCUCAAAUGCAGACAUCAGGUACAUUUUGGACGAGGGGACCCCUUUUCAAAUUGAUUCUAAGUCUGGGACAGUAACAAUAAAAGAAACUCUGAAUUAUGAGAACAAGAGGGAAUAUUCUUUAACUGUUCAUGCGGUGGAUAGUGGGGUUCCUUCUCUGUCAGGUAGAUCAGAGGCUACCAUCAAACUUAUUGAUGUUAAUGAUAAUGACCCAGUGGUGAAGUUUAGAUAUUUUCCCACCAGCUCAAAAUUUGCCUCUGUGGAUGAAAAUGCGCAGAUAGGCACUGUGGUAGCCCUGCUGACGGUCUCUGAUUCAGACUCGCCGGCUGCCAAUGGCAACAUAUCAGUCUCCAUUUUAGGGGGUAACGAACAGAGGCACUUUGAAGUGCAAACUUCCCCAGUUCCCAAUCUGAGCCUGAUAAAAGUAGCCAGUGUUUUGGACAGGGAAAGGAUAUCCUCAUACAACCUGACAGUCUCAGUGUCUGACAACGGCAGGCCCUCCCCCAGGUCCUCUUUCGCUAGCCUGGUUAUUUUUGUGAACGACAUAAACGACCACCCCCCCAUAUUCCAGGAGGCGCUGUACAGGGUCGACAUCUGUGAGGACAUUCCCAAGGGCAGCUACAUUAAAGGGGUUUCUGCCACGGACGGCGACUCAGGACAGAACGCUAACCUGCGCUACUCACUGGUGUCUGGGAACAGCCUGGGCUGGUUUGUCAUCAGUGAAAACAGUGGCCUGGUCACCAGUGCCGCCCUGCUGGACAGGGAGAUUGCAUCAGAGGUGGUGCUGAACAUCAGUGCCAAGGACCAGGGGGUGCAGCCCAGAGUCUCCUACACUAAGCUGAUUGUGAACAUAACUGAUGUCAAUGACCAGAUCCCCACUUUCACACAGAGCUCUUACCAUGUGUCCUUUGUUGAACACUCACCAGCAGGAAGCGAGCUCCUGGUGCUGUCAGCCACAGACGAUGAUCUUGGUGCUAACGGAACAAUACGGCUCUCAUUCGAUCCAGAGACCCCAAGCAGCGUGCAGAACCUGUUCCGCCUGGACGCGGUUUCUGGCCGCCUAAGCACAGCUGCAGAGCUAGACAGAGAGAACCAGGCUUCCUACCUGCUCCAUGUCCAGGCAAAAGACAGCGGAACGCCUCCUCUGCACUCAGUUAGCAAGGUGAACGUGACGCUGCAGGAUGUCAAUGACAACAGGCCCAUCUUCUACCCGGUGCAGUACUUCGCCAACAUCAAAGAAAAUGAGCCGCCGGGGUCCUACAUUACCACCGUCUCGGCCACUGACCCAGACCUGGGCAGAAAUGGGACAGUCAGGUACUCCAUGACGGCGGGCGAUAACUUCAAAUUUCACGUCAAUGCCAACACAGGUCGGAUAACCACCCUGGUGCCGCUGGAUCGCGAGGAGAAGACGGCCCACCAGCUGCAGGUGAGGGCCAUGGACGGUGGUGGACUCCACUCCCUCGCUCAGGCUAUUGUCACCAUCACUGUCAUUGACACGCAGGACAACCCGCCCACCUUCUCCCAGGCCGUCUACAGCUUUGUCAUCUUUGAAAACGUCAAGCUAGGCUCCGUCAUCGGCAUUGUGUCGGCCUCCACGCUGGACCUCAACACCAACAUCACCUACUUGAUCACCUCCGGGGAUCAGAGGGGAGUAUUUUCCAUCAACGGAGCUACAGGUGUGAUCACUGCCUCCAGCCAGAUUGACAGGGAGGAGCAGGCGUUCUACCAGCUCAAGGUCAUAGCUAAGGGUGGGGAGGUGACAGGCCAGGCCUUUGUCAAUAUAACUAUCAAGGACCUGAAUGACAAUGCACCCCACUUCCCACAUGCAGUGGAGCACAUUAGCGCAGUUGAAAACUGGGGCACAGGUCAUCACAUAUUCCAGGCUAAAGCCACAGACCCAGACGAAGGCAGCAAUGGGAUGGUGAUGUACAGCCUCAAGCAGAACCCCAAGGGCCUCUUCCACAUCCAUGAAAAACACGGACUAAUCACUUUGACGGGGCCUCUGGAGGUGACCACCAGCUCGUACCAGGUGGAGGUCCUGGCAUCUGACCUGGGGGUCCCUCAGCGUUCAUCCAGUCUGAUCCUGACAGUCAGCGUCUACGAUGUGAAUGACAACUCCCCUGUUUUUGACCAAUUGUCCUACGAAGUCACUAUCCCAGAAUCAGAGGCCGUGAACAGCCGCUUCUUUCAGGUGGAGGCCACCGACAAGGACUCGGGCUUGAACGGGGAGAUCGCCUAUGACAUCAUAGGUGGCAAUGCCGGUGACGUCUUUGGCAUCUUCCCUGAUGGGCAGCUGUACAUCAAGGCAGAGUUGGACAGGGAGGUGCAGGAGCGCUACCAUCUGUUGCUGGUGGCAAGCGACAGGGCCGUGGAGCCACUCAGCGCCAUGGUGAACGUCACGGUGAUCCUAGAGGACGUCAAUGACAACCGGCCACUCUUCAACAGCACCAACUACGUCUUCCACUUUGAGGAGGAGCAGGAACGGGGAUCAACAGUGGGGCGUGUCUUUGCUGAGGACCGGGACUUCGGUCCAAACAGUGAAGUAAGGUAUGCUUUUGAGACGCCGCAGAUGAACUUUGAGCUGGACGCCAUUACAGGGGAGCUUACCAGCACACUGCAGCUGGACCGCGAAGCCCUGAUGCGCCAGAGGGGGGCAGCGGUGUUUAGCUUCACCGUCAUCUCCUCCGACCAGGGCCUGCCUAAGCCUCUGCGUGACCAUGCCAAGGUGCAAGUGUACAUGCGUGACGUCAAUGACAACCCGCCAAGGUUCACCAAGGACAUCUACCAGGCCUCCGUCUCUGAGUUAGCACAGAACGCUACCCAGCUUCUUCGUGUGUCUGCCUCAGACGUGGAUGAGGGUCGGAAUGGGCUUGUUCGGUAUCGAAUCGAGGAAGGGAACGAAGAGGGCUGUUUCAGCAUCGACAGCGGCUCAGGCCAGGUCACCCUGGUGGGCAGACUGGACUACGAGGCCACCGCCUCCUACUCCCUGAAAAUCAUUGCUGUGGACUCCGGCGUAGUUCCCCUGUCCUCGUCCUGCAUGCUGAGUGUCAGCGUGCUGGACGAGAAUGACAACUCACCUUCCUUCCCCAAGGUUGCCCUGACUGUUGAUGUUCUGGAGAACAUGAGGAUUGGUGAGCUGGUUGCCUCUGUGACAGCCACCGACUUAGACUCUGGUGACAAUGCAGAGAUAACCUACAGCAUCACUGCUAGUAACAACCAUGGCACAUUCAGCAUCAGCCCUAACACUGGCAGCAUAUUCCUGGUCAAGAAGCUGGACUAUGAGAGCCAGGCACUCUACAAGCUGAAUGUUACAGCCAAGGACAAUGGAAGACCAUCCAGAUCCUCCACUGUCCCUGUGGUCAUUCACAUUCGGGACUUCAAUGACAACCCCCCUAGCUUUCCCCCGGGGGACAUUUUUAAGUCCAUCCCUGAAAACCUGCCCCUCGCCACCUCCGUCAUGACUGUCACUGCUCAGGACACGGACGCUGACAUCAACGGGCAGCUGGAGUACUCCAUCGUCCAGCAGAUGCCCCGCGGGGGCCACUUCACCAUUGAUCCUGACACAGGUGUGAUACGUACCUGUCGCGAGAUCGACAGGGAGUUCUCCAACCUCUUUGAGCUGACUGUCAAAGCCACUGACCAAGCAGUUCCAGCUGAGUUCCGCCGCUUCGCUCUGAAGAAUGUGACGGUGUGGGUGACAGACCAGAACGACAACAUUCCCGCCUUCGUCUCCCAGAAUGCCCUGGUGGCUGACACCACGGUGGUGGUGGGUUCCAUCCUCACCACCGUUGUAGCCUUCGACCCGGAUGAGGGGGCCAACGGCGAGGUGGAGUACGAGAUGGUGAAAGGCGACUCAGACACUUUCGUUAUUGAUCGCUACAGCGGGGACAUCCGGGUGGCCUCCCGGCUUGAGCCCUCACGGCUGGUCUACAGCCUGACUGUGUCGGCCACUGACCGCGGCUCGGACCGAAGGGCUUCGCGGACGGAGUUGACCGUCAUCCUACAGGGUGCUGAUGGGCCUGUUUUCUCCCAGCCCAAAUACAUCACCAUCCUAAAAGAGGGCCAGCCCCCUGGCACUAAUGUUAUCUCGCUGGAUGCCUCUAGCCCCCGGGGCUCAGGGGCUAAGGUGGAAUUUUACAUUGUGUCGGUGCGGUGCAGAGACAAAGUCGCUGGACGGCUCUUCACCAUCGGCCGCCACACAGGCAUGAUCCAGACCGCCGCCGAGCUGGACCGCGAGCAGGGCUCGGACCUCUACCUGGUGGGCGUGUACGCUAUCGAGACCGAGGCAAACCAGCCCAGGACGCAGAAAGCCGAAGUGGAGAUUAAGCUUCAGGACAUAAAUGACAACCCACCUGUGUUUCCCACGGACAUGCUGGACGUGACCAUCGAGGAGAACAUCGGGGACGGCUUCAAGAUCAUGCAGCUGACCGCUACCGACGCCGACGAGGGUCCGAACGCGCUGGUGACCUACACCAUCAUCAGCGGCGCGGACGACAGCUUCCGCAUCGACCCGGAGUCCGGGGACCUGAUGGCCACCAAGCGGCUGGAUCGGGAACGGCGCUCCAAAUACUCGCUGCUGGUGCGCGCUGACGACGGCAAGCAGUCCUCCGACAUGAGGGUCAACAUCACGGUCAGCGACCUCAACGACCACACCCCCAAGUUCUCCCGCGACGUGUACUCCUUCGACAUCCCCGAGGACAUGGCCCCAGGCGCCAUCGUGGCGGCCAUCUUGGCCAGCGACGCGGACGCUGGGGUGAACGGCGAGGUGACGUACUUGCUGGAGGAGGACGACGAGGAGGGGACCUUCCUCCUCAACCCCGUGACGGGCGUGUUCAACGUGACGCGGCCGCUGGACUUCGAGGCGCAGCAGUUCUACAUCCUUACCGCCAGGGCCCUGGAUGGCAGCGGCCAGUCCAGCUCUGUCAGGGUCUACUUCAACAUCCUGGACGUCAACGACAACCCGCCCAUCUUCAACAGCACCCUGUUCAGCGCCUCGGUGAUGGAGAACGUCCCCCCCGGCUCCAGUAUCCUCACCGUGGCUGCUACGGAUGCUGACGAGGGUCCGAACGCAGAGGUGCUCUACAGCAUCGCGUCUGGAGACUCCCUGUCCCAGUUCGUCAUCGAUAGCCAGGGCGUGCUGAGGACCAGGCAGGCCCUGGAUCGGGAGAGCCAGUCCUUCUACAACCUGGUGAUCAGAGUCCACGACCUGGCCCCUGCGCCGGCCUCCAGGUUCACCAGCACGGCACAGGUGUCGAUCAUCCUGCUGGACGUGAACGACUGCGCGCCGGCCUUCACGUCUCAGAAGAUGACGUACGUGCAGGAGAACACGCCGGCGGACACGGCGGUGUUCACGGCCCAGGCGCAGGACUCGGACAGCGGGCCCAACAGCUACGUGGAGUACUCCCUCCGCGGGCCCUUCGGGAGCAAGUUCAGCAUCGGCACGGUGGACGGGAGCGUGCGGCUGGUGGGCGAGCUGGACCGCGAGGAGCUGUCCAACUACACGCUGACCGUCGUGGCCACGGACAAGGGCAGCCCGCCGCUGUCCUCCGCCAUGGACGUCACCGUGGUGGUGCUGGACGUCAACGACAACACGCCCAGCUUCUCGCAGAACAUCUACGACGUGGAGAUCGAGGAGAGCACGCUGACGGGCGCCGACGUGCUGCAGGUGUUCGCCGGCGACGCCGACGAGGGCACCAACGGGCAGAUCCGCUUCGCCAUCGCUGCCAGCAACGCCAACGGAGACUUCCGGAUGGACUCGGUGACCGGGGUGAUCUCGGUGGCCAAGCAGCUGGACCGGGAGGUCCGGGCGGCCUACUCUCUGGUGGUGCAGGCGGCCGACCGCGGGAGCAGCCCCAGGAUCGACCGGGCCACGGUCAACAUCGUGCUCCUGGACGUAAACGACUGCACGCCCGUUUUUGAGCUGUCCCCCUACACCGUCAGUGUCCCAGAGAACCUGAGAAACCUGCCCAAGACCAUCCUGCAGGUGGUGGCCAGGGACGAUGACCAGGGCUCGAACGGUCAGCUGACCUACGUCCUGAGCGGGGGGAACGAGGACGGGGCGUUCAGCCUGUCGGCCGACGGCCAGCUGAGCGUCACACAGAGCCUGGACCGCGAGGCCCAGGACUCCUACACCCUGGUCAUCAUCGCCUCCGACUCGGGCUCUCCAUCCUUGAGUGGCACGGGGACAGUCACUGUCCAGGUCGAUGAUGUCAAUGACAACAUCCCGCUCUUUGCUUCCGGAACAUUCCACGCCACGAUCCCCGAGGACGCACCCACGGGCACUGAUGUGCUACUGGUCAACACCUCUGAUGCUGACGCUGGACCCAACGGCAUGAUCAGUUACAGCCUGUCAGGAGGGGAUGGAAAGUUCUCCAUAAACCCAGCAACAGGUCAGAUCAUCACCAGCGCCCUGCUGGACCGGGAGACCCGCGGUGCCUACCAGCUGCUGGUGGUGGCGUCGGACGGCGGCCAGCCCCAGGGCAUGUCCAGCUCGGCCACGGUGGAGGUGACGGUGGCCGACAUCAACGACAACCCGCCUCGCUUCCACCAUCACCCCUACGUCACCCACGUCCCUGCCUCCACCUCCGCCGGUUCCCUGGUGUUUGCAGUUACUGUGACGGAUGAGGAUGCAGGUCCCAACGCGCAGCUUCACUACUCCCUGACGGGCCGUAACUCUGAGAAGUUCAAGAUCGACCCGGUGCGAGGCUGCAUCACGGCCAGCGAGAAGCUGGCGGGAAGCUCGGAGCUAACUUUCAGUGUCCGGGUCAGGGACGGCGGCACCAGCCCCAAGACAGAUGCCACAACCGUCACUGUGAGAUUUGUGACGGGUGGGGACUUCCCUGUCAUCAAGAUGGGCCAGACCAGCUUCACCUUCCCAGAGAGCCAGGCCACCAACACGCUGGUCGCUACAGUUGCUGGCUCCUCCACCAGGGGCGGGUCCUUGUCCUACUACGUGGCCAGCGGCAACCUGGAUGGCGCCUUCCAUGUGGACCAGCAGACAGGGGAUUUGUCCAUAAAGAAGGCCCUGGAUUUCGAAAACAUACAAAAGUAUGUGCUGUGGAUUGAGGCCCGGGACCAGGGGUUUCCGCCGUACUCAUCCUACGAGAGGGUAGAGAUCACAGUGCUGGACGUCAAUGACAACUUCCCUGUCUUUGAGCAGGAGCCAUUUCGGGCAGAAAUCUUGGAGAACCUGUCCCCACAGCGGGUGUUGGUGGUGUCAGCUGUGGAUCGAGACAGUGGCCCCAACGGGCAGCUGGAGUACACCAUUGUUGAUGGCAACAAGGAGAACAGCUUCAGCAUCAAUCGCGCCACUGGCGAGAUACGCACCACCCGACCCCUGGACAGAGAGAAGGUGGCUCAGUAUGUACUCAAGGUCAAGGCCACAGACCGAGGCUCGUCUCCCAAGAGCACAGUGGUCAGAGUCAUCAUCAGUGUGCUGGACGUCAAUGACAACGCACCCAGAUUCUCAAAGAUCUUCAGUGCCACGGUGCCCGAGAAUGCCCCAGUGGGCUACACAGUCACACGGGUCACCACCUCAGAUGAGGACGCCGGUGCCAAUGCAAUCAGCCGCUACUCCGUUGCAGACACCAGCCUCCCCUUUACCAUCAACCCCAACACUGGUGACAUUACCAUCAGCAGACCCCUCAAUCGGGAAGACUCUGACCGCUACAUUGUGAGAGUCUCUGCCCGUGACUCAGGCUGGACUGUCAGCACUGACGUGACAGUUUUUGUGACAGACAUCAAUGAUAACGCCCCCCGCUUUAGCCGCCCGUCCUAUUAUCUUGACUAUCCUGAGCUCACUGAGGUGGGAUCGGUAGUCACACGUGUCUCAGCCUCUGAUCCUGAUGAGGGACCCAAUGGGCAGGUGUUCUACUUUAUAAAGUCCCAGUCUGAAUUCUUCCGGAUCAACUCCAGCUCCGGCGAGAUCCUGGUCAAGCAGCAGCUGAGGUAUCAGAACUCCUCCGGGACAGGGAAUAUCAACAUCAAUCGCCACAGCUUCAUUGUCACAGCCUCAGACAGGGGCACUAAGCCCUUGGUGAGUGAGACCACUGUUAUCAUCAAUGUGGUGGACAGCAAUGACAACCCUCCAAGCUUUGAGUCCUCUUCCUACUUCACGCCCGUCACCAAGAGUGUCAAAGUGGGCACCAAGCUCAUUAAGGUGGUGGCUAGUGACAAGAAGGACUUUGGCCCGAACUCAGAGGUUGAGUACUUUGUCUCUGGAGGCAACAGCUCUGGAAAGUUCCGGCUAGACAAGCAGAAUGGCUGGCUCAGCGUAGCCUCAUCCCUGACUUCGGACGUGAACAAACUGUUCCUCAUUGAAGUGACAGCAAAGGACAGAGGAAACCCACCUCUUUCUACUAAAGCAGUGGUACGAGUUACUGUUACUGAGGAGAACCACCACACACCAGAGUUCUCCCAGGCCCAUGUCACCGCCACUGUGCCUGAGAGCCUCAGCGUUGGUGCCACAAUUAGGACACUGUCAGCGAGGGACAAAGACAAGGAGACUAAUGGGCUAAUUACCUACAAAAUUGCCACAGGCAAUGAGGCUGGGACCUUUUCUGUGAACCAGAGGACGGGGGCACUGACCCUGGCACAGCCGUUAGAUUACGAAGAGAAGCAGACCCAUGAGCUGAAAGUGAUAGCCACUGAUGGUGGCUGGAUUGCUAAGACUGGCUACGCCACGGUAACCAUUCAUGUGACAGACGUCAAUGACAACCCGCCCAUGUUUGACCCUGAAGAAUACUUCCCGACCGUGCAGGAGAACGUGCCCAGCGGCACUAAUGUGGUAAAGAUGAACGCCACCGACCGGGACUCUGGUACCAAUGCUGCCACAGCCUAUGUAAUCCAAUCCUCUGACAGUGAUCUUUUUGUCAUUGACCCCAACACGGGCAUCAUCACCACCCAGGGCUUCUUAGAUUAUGAGGCCAAGCAGGCCUACCAUCUGACAGUCAAAGCCUUCAAUAUCCCUGAUGAGGAAAGGUGCAGCUUUGCCAAUGUGAACAUCCAACUGAAGGGUGCUAAUGAAUAUGUGCCCCGAUUUGUCUCCAAGCAGUACUACUUUGAGGUUUCUGAGGCUACCUCAAGAGGAACAGUAGUGGGGGAAGUGUUUGCCAGUGACCGGGACCUGGGUAUAGAUGGCGAGGUCCACUACCUCAUUUUUGGGCAGAGCAGAAAGAAGGGCUUUGGCAUCUACAAGAAGACGGGGCAGAUAUAUGUGGCAGGACCCCUUGACCGUGAAAAAGAAGAGAAGAUCUCCCUGAAGGUCCUGGCUAAGAAUGCUGGGAGCAUACGGGGUGGGGACAUUGAUGAAGUGUUUGUCAACAUCACCGUACUGGAUGCCAACGACCCGCCUGUCUUCAGUUCCAGCCUCUAUAAUGUGCAAAUCAGUGAGGGGCUAGCCCCUGGCAGCUUGGUGACCUUCAUCAGUGCCCAGGACUCAGAUUCUGUUCCCAGCUGGAGCCGCUUCUCCUACUCUGUUGCCGCAGACAAUGAGAGGAAUGCCUUCACUGUUAACCCCCAGACAGGACAAGUUUCUGUGGCAGCUGAGCUAGACAGAGAGUCCACACCCUUAUAUAACUUGACCCUGCUGGCAGUAGACUCUGGCUCCCCUCCAGCUACUGGGAGUGCCAUCCUGAUCGUGACCUUAGAGGACAUCAAUGACAAUGGCCCUACCCUGGUGACCACCAGUGGGGAGGUGAUGGAGAACCAGCGGGCAGGGACUGCUGUCGCCACCCUCUACUCCACUGACCCAGACCUGCCGCCCAACCAGGGUCCAUUUACCUACAGCCUCCUUGGCUCUGCAUCAGGUCCUGCCUCCAGCUACUUCAGCCUCUCUCCAGCAGGAGAGCUGACCACCAGCCGGGAGAUUGACCGUGAGCAGAUUGCCGAUUUCUUUCUUCCUGUAGUGAUACGGGACUCAGGUGUCCCCCAGAUGUCCUCCACGGGGACCGUUCAUGUCAGAGUUAAUGACCAAAACGAUAACCCAUCUGAGCCACGUGCAUUAGAAAUCUUUGUUCACUACUUUGGCAACCUGUUCCCUGGUGGGUCUCUGGGUAGCAUCAGGCCCCGUGACCCAGAUGUUCAGGAUGCCUUUCGCUGCUCUCUGGGCCAGUCAGCGCCCAGUCUGUUCAGUGUUGCCACCGGCACCUGUGACCUCUCUGCCCACCCCCGUUUGGCGGAGGGCACCUUUGAAUUCAAGGCGCACAGCAACGAUGGUGUCCAUGGCGCAGUGGAAAACAGUGUACGCGUUGUCUUCACUUCCUUUGCCAACACCACUGUUGAUAACAGCAUCCUGAUCCGCCUUCGCACCCAAGGGGUGUCAGACUUCCUCACCAACCACUACCUGAGCUUCCUGCGUGUGGCUACCUCCCAGUUGGCUGGGCUGGGCACUGCCGUGCAGCUUUAUGGUGCCUUUGAGUUGGGAAACUACACCUUUCUCAUGGCUGCCGUGAAGAGGCCUCAUGGACAGUACGUCAACCCCAGCGGUGUUGCCACCUUCUUCCAGAGCAUCAGGGAUGUCCUACACCGGCAAAGUGGGGUGUGGAUGGAGACUGUGGACCAUGACCCCUGCACGCAGAACCCCUGCCUGAAUGGGGGUAGCUGCAAGAGGCGUUUGGGCGUGGCACCUGAGAUGAAAACAGAGGAGAGCGUGCCUGUCAUCCUGGUUUCCAAUCGUCCCUUGCCACCCUACGCCUGCAGCUGUAUGCCAGGUUAUGCCGGUGGGCUGUGCGAGACUGACAUCGAUGAGUGCCUGCCAGCCCCUUGCCACAACGGUGGGACCUGCCACAACCUAAUAGGGGGCUUCUCCUGUACCUGCCCCGAGGGCUUCACCGGGAUGGCCUGUGAGCGCGAUGUCAACGAGUGCCUUUCCAACCCCUGCAAGAAUGGGGCGCUCUGCCAGAACUAUCCCGGUGGCUUCAACUGCCUUUGCAAGUCCGGAUUCACAGGAAAAACGUGUGAGUCUGCCAUCAAUUACUGUGAGUGUAACCCUUGUUUUAACGGCGGCUCCUGCCAGAGCGGGCUGGACGGGUAUUACUGUCACUGUCCCUUCGGGGUCUUUGGAAAACACUGUGAGUUGAACAGCUAUGGGUUUGAGGAACUGUCCUACAUGGAGUUUCCCAGCCUGGACCCCAACAACAACUACAUCUACAUCAAGUUUGCCACAAUCAAGAGCAACGCCCUCCUCAUGUAUAACCAUGACAACCAGACAGGAGACAAGGCAGAGUUCCUGGCCCUGGAGAUCUUUGAGGGUCGAAUGCGGUUCUCCUUUAACCUUGGCAGUGGGACUUACAAGCUGAUGACCAUGAAGAAGGUUUCUGAUGGACAGUUCCACACGGUCAUUGCCAGAAGAGCUGGAAUGGCUGCUUCCCUGACCGUGGAUGUGUGUGGAGAGAGCCAGGAUCCUGGCUACUGUGCCGUCAGCAACGUGGCCGUCCAUGCCGACUGGAUCCUGGAUGUGCAGCCCAAUCGCCUCUCCGUGGGGGGCGUGUCGUCCAUCGAGCCUAUCCUCCACCGCCAAGGGCAGGUCGCCACGCACGACUUUGUGGGCUGCAUCAUGGAGCUCGCCAUCAACGGCCGACCCCUGGAGCCCGGACAAGCCCUGGCGUCUCACGGCAUCCUCGACAGGUGUCCCAGGUUGGAGGGGGCCUGUACUGCCAGUCCUUGCAGACACGGGGGCACCUGUGUGGAUCACUGGUCCUGGCAACAGUGCAAGUGUCUCGAGGGUUUCACUGGGAAGUACUGUGAAAAGUAUGUUACAGCCGAUACCGCGCUGUCGCUGGACGGAACCGGCCGCCUGGACUACUCUAUGAGCCAGUCCCAGAAGCGUGACCUCUUAUUGGCUCUGAGCCUGGGGAGCUCCGCCCCCAGCCCCACCCCUCAUCGCCCUGCCCAGAGCAGCCUGGAGCUGAAGUUCCGCACCCUCAGCAAGAGCGGGACUCUCCUACACGUCCAGGAGACCAGCAACUACACCACUGUGAAGCUGAAGAACGGGGUUCUGCACUACAUCUCGGAUGCGGGCGUAGGGGGGAAGGUAGAGAGGACCCUGUCUGAGUUUGGUCUUUCCGACGGCCAGUGGCACACCCUCCUGCUUCAGAAAAACGGGACAGCCACCUCUGUGCGUCUGGACGGGGCGCACGCCAAAGAGAUCUUGCACCUCACCCAGGAUUUUGGAGGUAUCAACGUCCUGACCCUAUCUCUGGGAGGAGUCCCCUCUGGUUCUGCCCUACAGAAGUCAUCGUCAGGUUUUGACGGCUGCUUUGCCUACGUGAGGUACAACGGCGAGAGCCUGCCAUUCACUGGGGAGCACAGCUUGGCCACCAUCUCCAAAACCCACCCGUCUGUCAAGAUCGGCUGCCGGGGGCCCAACGUGUGCGCCAGCGCCCCCUGCAGGGACGGGCUGAUGUGCGUGAGCCAGUGGCACACCUACCAGUGCGUCCCCCCGGGGGAGUGCGCCACCUCGCCCUGCCGGAACGGGGGCAGCUGCGAGCCGGGGCAGCUGGGCGGUUUCUCCUGCUCCUGCCCGGAGUUCUACACGGGACGGACCUGCGAGACCGUGGUGGCCUGCCAGGGGGCGCAGUGCCCCCCGGGCACCGUCUGCAAGAUGGCCAACAACGGGGGGUUCCUGUGCGCCCCCGGCCCGGCGGCGGAGGAGGCCACCCUGCCCAUCUGGGCCGUCCCGGCCAUCGUCGGGAGCUGCGCCUCUGCCCUGGCUCUGGUGGUGCUGGGGCUCAUUCUGUGUAACCACUGCAGGGGGCGCCAUUCCAAGGCGCCCAAAGAAGAGAAGAAGCCCAAGGAGAAGAAGGAGAAGAAGCAGAAGAAAAAGAAGAAGAAGAAGGGAAGCGAGAACGUGGCCUUCGACGACCCCGACAACAUCCCGCCGUACGGGGACGACAUGGCGGUGCGGAAGCAGCCGGAAGGGAACCCGAAGCCCGACAUCAUCGAGCGGGAGAACCCCUACCUGAUCUACGAUGAGACCGACCUGCCCCACGGCAACGAGACGGUGCCCAGCGCCCCCUGCGCCCCUCCCUGCCCCGGCCCGGAGCCCGACAUGGAGCACUACGACAUCGACAACGCCAGCAGCAUCGCGCCCUCCGACGCCGACAUCAUCCAGCACUACAAGCAGUUCCGCAGCCACACCCCCAAGUUCUCCAUCCAGCGUCACAGCCCGCUGGGCUUCGCCCGCCAGUCGCCCCUCCCCCUAGUGGCCGGCAGCUACACCUACCAGCCCGCCUAUGCCCCGGGCCUGAGGGCCACGCCUCUCAGCCACUCCGCCUGCCCCACCCCUAACCCCCUGUCCCGCCACAGCCCCGCCCCCUUCACCAAACCCUCCACCUUCUACCGCAACAGCCCCGCCCGUGAGCUGAACCUGGCCCGCCGCGAGGGCAGCCCGCUGGACCUGCACGGGGAGGCGUGCCAGCCGGGCGUGUUCAGCUACGCCACCCGCCUGGGGCGCCGGAGCAAGAGCCCGCAGACCAUGGCGGGGCACGGGUCCAGGCCGGGGAGUCGGCUCAAGCAGCCCAUAGAGCAGAUCCCCCUGGAGACGGGACCCCCCGUGGGGCUAUCCAUCGAGGAGGUGGAGCGCCUCAACACGCCCCGCCCGAGAAACCCCAGCAUCUGCAGCGCCGACCACGGCCGCUCCUCCUCCGAGGAGGACUGCCGCCGCCCGCUCUCCCGCGUCCGGAACCCGGCGGACGGGAUCCCCGCCCCGGAGUCGUCCUCGGAGAGCGACUCGCACGACUCCUUCACCUGCUCCGAGAUGGAGUACGACCGGGAGAAGCCCCCGGCUCCCUACAGCUCCCGGGUGCCCAAGCUCUCGCAGGUCAACGAGUCCGACGCCGACGACGAGGAGUACGGCGGCCGCCUCAAGCAGCGGCGCUACUCCAGCCGCCGCGCCGAGGGCGGGCCCGGGCCUGGCUCCGCCCACCAGCACCAUCAGCAGGCGCCGACCGCCCCCCAGACGGAGCACCACUACACCCUGCCGCACAGGCUGGGCCAGCAGGCCGGAACCUUCAACUGGGACAACCUGCUCAACUGGGGGCCUGGAUUCGGCCACUACGUGGACGUCUUCAAAGACCUGGCCCUGCUGCCCGAGAACGCGGCAGCGGCGGCUAGCGCCAAGGACAUCGAGAUGAACAGCGGGGACGGCUCGGUCACCAUACUCAACGAGGGCGAGGCCGAGCAAUACGUAUGACGCGCUUCUAUUUAUGCCGACUGAAACUUUCUUUUAUAAAAUCGCUGUCUAAUUAUGUUUUGGUCAAAAAAAAAGACAAUAUUAUAAAAACAAUGAACAAUGAAGGACGUUGAAACCAGCAGUAAAUAUUUUGUCAUUCUCGCUAUUGUUGUUGUUGUUGAUGUUGUUGUCGUUGUUGUUAUUCAGAUAGGACGAUCUUAAAUGCAGUAAGGUAGAAAACCGACAUCGUUCCGCGCGUAGCUUUUUUCACGCGUGCAGCUUUUUCUAUGAGAGCUUCCCAGUCAGUCAAGCGCAGGUGUUUUUGGUUAAUGGUGUCAGUACCAAUGCUUUCGCAUACUUUUGUCCGUCAACAUGAAAUUAUUAAAAUACAUACAAGUGGCCAUAUAUCAGACCAAUAAUAGGAGCGUAUUUCCUUAUAUUUGAUCUUGGCGUUCUACUUGAUUAAAACAAAAACAAAACAAAUGUAUUGCCUUUCCCCUUGCAACGUUUCCCUAUGAAAUUAGAGAGAAGCAAUGUAAGAAACAAAGAAAGUGGUGGCUUUUUUAUUAUUCAUUGUGAACAAAGCAUGUGCGUUUGAUGCUCUGUACCUGGAACACUGCACAGGCUCACCAGUUGGCCCGCGCUUUCUGUUUUAGCCUGCCAAUGUCACGAGGAUCCACCAUUACCGUUCACACCUCUUGUUCAGGUUCGAAAGGCUGGAGAAGGGUCAUCGAGAGCUGAGAUGAACAGUCCGCUGCCUUACAGACAUUUGAGGAUUUUUUUGUGUCAUUUUUAUGGGGUGGCGGUGGGGGGUGGGGUUCAAAUAUUUUGUGAAUAUCACAGCUGCAGUUGCCAGUGAGACUCUAGAGAAGGCCUUGUGAAUCAUGACUAAACCCCAUCAUUGCACCCUUCCUACAAAGACUAUCAAAUCUUGUAAAUCUUUUCUCAUUGGAAACCCUCCAAGGAGGAGUUGUCAGUGUUUUAUUUGUGUCUAAAAAAAUAUUGAAGAAGGAACAAAAAACUGUACGGUUUGUACUUUUGUACUGUUUAUUAACUUAAAAUCACUUAAGCUGUGUUUUUAUGGAUAUUUUCAUAAAGCUGAAAAUAAUUUUCUUACUUUCAGGGAAAGUAAGGCAAAGUACUUAUUUUUUACUUUUGUUACUUAUGUAACACCAGUAUUUUCCACUUUUGAUAAAACUGUAACAUAAUGAAUGCUUUAUACAUGUAAAAGCCAAUAACAGAAUAAAAAAAUAUUUAUUUAA